ACCUGAACCUAAUUCAUAAGGUUACACCCCAAGUUACAUACGUGGCGGUCAAGUGUGAGUAUUGGUUUAUUUGUAGUGAAAUAAAAUUUUAUCUUUCUCUAAGUAAUCUAGCAAGGCGUAUUUACGUGACAGGAAUGAUUAUAAUUGCAGCAACUAUUGUAUACAAAGGAAAUGCAAAGACAGAAAUUAAUAAUGCAGGAGGAACAAUUUUGGCAUGUACUUUGGAUUCAUAAUCUCGUGCGGGACUUCGCAUUCGCUACUGACGUAGUGGAGUUCUACCUAUCGGAUCGUUUACAGUUUAUAUCUGUGGAUGCUAUCAAGUCUAACCCAUUAAGGGUACGCAGUGGUGUGCCUCAUGGCUCAAUUAAUGGCCCUUUGCUCCUCUGCGGGUUUUAUUUGAAGGGAGUGUUGAUAAUUUGGAAAGAUACCAAGCUGAGAUUGACUAUCAUUUGGACUGUAGCUCCCGUUAGAAGGAUUUGGAUGAGCUUGAGAUGAAUUGGGCUGAAACAUAUGCGGUAAUAUGUCGGCUCCCGAAUAUGCAUCUAAAUCUUGCACUAGAUUAUCUACUUAAUUAGAAUUGUGGAGAAAACGUGAGUGUUAUUUCUUCUACUAAUAUAGUUACCGUCUUGUUUCUUUUUCUUCUCUUCAAUUUUCUUUCCUUUUCCACUAAAUUGUUUGAGAAUAUUUUGGAUUGUUGCACUUUGUUAUUACACCUAUGGUAGAUAUUGCAAUUUAUUAUAAUAGUAGUCAUUAAUGACUUGAAGUUUACAUGCUCAGGUAAAGUAAAAGGUGGACAAUCGUCAACAAGUAUUACCGAAAAAUUUGGAAAACGCCGAUUCUGCCAUUACAAGUUGAAAUUUGGUUAGUAAAUAAGUAAAUAAAAUAAAUAAACCACCGUGAACCAGUGCUCCGGAAACAUUGAAGUUAUGUAGAAAGAAUGAAAACUCAGUAUCAAGUUAGGAAAGCAAAACGUAUUUUAGAACCCAGGCCUCUAACAUCUUGAUAAAUGAAAGAUAAUCGGCGUAAGAAUAUGAUAAAUUUUUUGCUGCUUGACUUAUUCAACAUAGUCUGAAGAUUAGCUGUGAGUACCAGAAUUUUAAAAGGCUAUAUUUGUCUAAGGUGAGCUGCUGACAAUUUGAAUAUGCUCACCCGGUUUAGGUUAACCGAUAAAACUUCUUACGCCAAACGUUUCAUAAUGCUCUCACGCGAAGCGUCCGGUGCUAGCCUAGAGAUAAAUAUAGCCUUACCAGGUAGACAAGUCGUU